AUGCACAUUGAUUUCAUCAGUAGAGAUCUUACAGCCGUCUGCUUUGUGUGUGAUGCCUUGACGAAUGUCUCCCGCACGCGGCUGUCCGUUCCCAACUUUGGCGACGACGACUACACGUAUCUCCGGUCGCUUGCUUUCUGCCUUGAUUCCGAGGAGCUGACUCUGGAUGACCUGAGCUGGAAGGCCGGUGUAGAGGUGACGCGUGAACGCCGGCUGGCGAGUGCGGCCGUCUACGCAUUCACCGAGGCGGAGUGGGUGCGAGUUGCCGACGACGAAGACGAGCAAAGCGAUGUCAUGAACGACAAUGUGUUGUUGCUGCUCAGCCUGAAUCUCGAUGAUCGGGAGAACCCGUUGAAACCGACGUAG